AUGGAUCCCUUCCCAUUGGAACCCUACCGCUCCGCGCGUCUCCUUUAUCGUGCGCCAGAGGAUAACCCAGCAGACGAUGCAUUCUUCCAAGGUCUCUACGCCGACCCCUUAGUCGGAUCUAUGGCCACUACCGCCCUCAUACGCCCGCUCAGCACAAAGGAGCGGAAGGAGUUGCGAGCAACGCUUGCUGUUGCGUUCAUGUCAGUCAUGAUAUGUAUCAUCCCGGACGAGGGCUCCGAUAUGGUGCCCGAGACAAUUGGCGUGAUCUCAUUAAAAGAGCAAGCCCCUGGCUUCACACAUAAUCGCACACAUGAGUUAGGGAUCAGUAUUGCGCGCCAGUACCAAGACAAGGGAUAUGGGUCUGAGGCUAUCUCAUGGAUGCUGGACUGGUCUUUUCUGACUGCGGGCCUGCACCGCGUUGAGCUGACGGUCUCUGAGUGGAAUGAGAGGGCACAAAAGGUGUACCAAAAGCUUGGGUUUGUAUCUGAGGGACGGAAGAGGCAGUGUGUGUGGAAAGGUGGGAGAUGGUGGGAUUUAAUCCAUAUGGGCAUUUUGGCGCAUGAGUGGGGGGCUAAGAAGGCUGCUGACUCCUGA